AUGAAGAUUUUUUUCCGCUACCAGACAUUCAGAUUCAUCUGGCUCACAAAGCUAUCUGGCCAGCGCUUUCGCAAAAGUCACCAGCUGGGGGCGCCUCUGACUCUUGCCGACUUCGAAGCCAUAAAUCGCUGUGAGAGAUCACUGCCUAAGAACUUUAACUUUGCUGGGGAUGUGCUGGACCAGUGGUCCCAAAAAGAGAAGACAGGAGAGAGACCAGCCAACCCAGCCCUGUGGUGGGUGAAUGGCAAAGGGGAUGAGGUGAAAUGGAGCUUUGGAGAACUGGGCUCCUUGUCCCGAAAGGCUGCCAAUGUGCUCACCAAGCCCUGUGGUUUAGAGAGAGGAGACCGAGUAGCUGUGAUUCUUCCCCGAAUCCCAGAGUGGUGGCUCAUAAACGUGGCUUGUAUGAGAACAGGGCUUGUCUUCAUGCCAGGAACAACCCAGCUGACAGCAAAAGAUAUCCUCUAUCGGCUGCGUGCAUCCAAGGCCAAGUGCGUUGUGGCCAGUGAGGAGGUGAUCCCAGCAGUGGAAUCCAUUGUGUCUGAGUGUCCAGACUUGAAGACCAAACUCCUGGUGUCUCCACACAGCCAGAAUGGGUGGCUCAGCUUCCCAGAGUUAUUUCAAACUGCCUCUGCAGAGCACAGUUGUGUGGAGACAGGAAGUCAAGAACCAAUGGCCAUUUAUUUCACCAGUGGGACCACAGGCUCUCCCAAGAUGGCUCAACACUCUCAGAGCAGCCUGGGAAUUGGGUAUACCCUCUGUGGAAGGUAUUGGCUAGACCUGAAGUCCACAGAUAUCAUAUGGAACAUGUCUGACACUGGCUGGAUCAAGGCUGCCAUUGGCAGUGUGUUUUCCUCCUGGCUUCAAGGAGCUUGUGUCUUUGUGCAUCGGAUGGCCCAGUUUGACACCGAUACUUUCCUGGAUACGCUUACCACUUAUCCCAUCACGACCCUCUGCAGUGCUCCCACCGUGUACCGGAUGCUUGUGCAAAAAGACCUUAAGAGAUAUAAAUUCAAGAAGCUGCGGCAUUGCUUGACAGGAGGGGAGCCACUCAAUGCAGAGGUGCUGGAACAGUGGAAAGUGCAAACUGGACUGGAGCUGUAUGAGGGCUACGGACAGACAGAAGUGGGAAUAAUUUGUGCCAAUCAGAAAGGACAAGAAAUUAAACCAGGCUCAAUGGGGAAAGGAGUACUACCCUACGAUGUCCAGAUUAUAGAUGAAAAUGGCAACAUCCUACCACCUGGAAAAGAAGGGGAAAUUGCCCUCAGGCUAACAUCUACACGACCCUUCUGUUUCUUCUCUGAAUAUGUGGACAAUCCAGAGAAAACUGCUGCCACCAUAAGAGGGAAUUUUUACGUCACUGGAGACAGAGGAGUGAUGGACAGUGAUGGCUAUUUUUGGUUUGUUGGCAGAGCUGAUGAUGUCAUCAUAUCCUCUGGGUACCGUAUUGGGCCAUUUGAAGUGGAGAGUGCACUAAUUGAGCACCCAGCGGUUGUUGAAUCAGCUGUUGUCAGCAGUCCAGAUCCAGUCAGAGGAGAGGUAGUGAAAGCUUUUGUUGUUUUAUCUGCACCCUUUAAAUCAUCCAACCCAGAGAAAUUAACUCUUGAACUUCAGGAUCAUGUAAAAAAAUCAACUGCACCUUACAAGUAUCCAAGAAAGGUGGAAUUUGUUAAAGAACUCCCAAAGACAAUCACUGGGAAAAUCAAACGCAACGUUUUAAGAGACCAUGAAUGGGGUCGAACAUAG